CAUCCCCCCGCCAGGCCCCGCCGCGCAUUCGGCCCCGGCGGCGCGGCCCGAGCGGCGCUGGCAGAGGAGUGCCCGGCAGGAGGGCCCACGCCCGCUGCUCGGUCUGCCACACGCAGCAGGAAGGUGGGCGGCAGCGUCCUCGGCUUCCAGCAGGUACCAAUGGGGCUGCCCAUGGGGAAGUCGAUGCCGGUGCUCCUCACUUUCUUGGCCUUUGCCUUGUGCUGCAUUGCUGCUUACCGCCCCAGUGAGACCCUGUGUGGCGGGGAGCUGGUGGACACCCUCCAGUUUGUGUGUGGGGACCGCGGCUUCUACUUCAGACUUCCAGGCAGGCCGGCGAGCCGUGUGAACCGCCGCAGCCGUGGCAUUGUGGAGGAAUGCUGCUUCCGCAGCUGCGACCUGGCCCUCCUCGAGACCUACUGUGCCACCCCCGCCAAGUCCGAGAGGGACGUGUCCAACUCUCUGACGACCGUGCUUCCGGACAGCCUCCCCGAUUACUCCGUGGGCAAGUUAUUUCAGCUUGACACCGGGAAGCGGUCGGCUCAGCGCCUGCGCAGAGGUUUGCCUGCCCUCCUGCCUGCCCACCGCGGUCGCCUGCUGGCCAAGGAGCUCGAAGUCUCCAGGGAAGCCAAGCAUCACCAGCCCCAGUUCCUGCAGCCAGAAGGCGAUGCUGCCCACGGGGCUGCCUCUCCCGAGGCCUCCAGCAAUCAGAAGUGAGCCAAAUUGUGAUGAUUCUGCAGCCGGUACCAUCACCUGUGACCUCCUCCUGGCCCUCGGACGCCGCCAUCCGUCCCUGCCGACUUCUCUCUGACCUGCUCUCGCCUCGGGUUCCUCCCCCUAGGCCCCAUGCCCCGCCUCCCCCAUCAGGCUACUCCCUGUGCGCCCCCACCAUCGGGCCUCGCCGCCAGCACGCCUUCCACACGCGUGCACCCCCAGGUGACCCCAAAAUUACUGGCAUGAAUCAGAAAGAGCAAAAACAAUCAGCCCCUAAAUUACUCGCAUCCACGCAACAGCCCCCUCAAAACUGAUUGGCUUCUUAGAAAACACCCCGAAAAGCUAAUUAACUUUUUCCUUAAAUUGAAAAAAAAAUCAAUUGGCUGAGUAAACACUAAAAGUAAAUUGGCAUAAAAGCAAUUGGCAAAAUAACAAUUCGGCACGCCCCCCCCCCACAAAUUUCUCUUUCCCUCUGGGUCUUGAGUCUGAUUGGCCUGGACUUGGGUCCCUGAACCCAGAAGAGAAAACGGGGGGACCCAGAAGCUCAGCAGCAGGCGCGGCCCCGCCGCGCUGUCUCCCUCCUCGCACCGCCAGCACCCGCUGGCCGUCCCAUCUUGGCAGCCGCCCCAACUCGUCCUCUGCCCAGUUUGCCACCUUGAGAGAUCUCCACGGAGCUGGAGCUGCAGGGACCCAGUGAGACCCACGGAGGGGGACACGCACGAAAACCGGCGUCCACGCAAACCAUCGGCUCAGACGCCCGCGCCCAGGCUCUCAGAUCCGCAUCUCCACACAGGUACCCGUGCACACGCACGCGCUCCCACACACGCGUGCACACAUCUCACACACACGCACCUCACACUCACUCACACUCACACACACCCCAUGCGAUUCCAGCGAGCAGCCGUAGAUCAGGCCUGGGUGCGUCCGUCUGGUGCUCGGAGCCGUUUCGUGGUCUGAGGUCCCCCCCCGCCCCGGUCCCCAUUCCGCUGUCCGCUGGGCCUGUCUUUGCCCUGCCUUCCCCCGACCACGUCCUCUCCACCUCUUGGAGGAGGGACUGUGCCUGGGGCCAGAGCUGUGGGGUGAACCAUCUCCCUGGGAUGCACCUGCAGGGGGUGUGUCCCAGGCUCGGGCUGCCCAGUCACCUGCAGAGCCCACCCCAGCCCCACAGCCCCCGAGCGAGGGCCUAGCUGGCCAGCCGGGGCGAGGAAAUGAGUUGAAAGGCGAGUACCACCUGCCUGCCGAGUAGCCUGACCUCGAAGUGUGCUCCUGGGAGGAAGAUCUCGGGGGCCAUCCCCCGACCCGGGCACACCGAGGGACCGUCCUCCCAGUCUCCCGGUGGGGGGACCCUCAGAAUUGGGGGCCCCCACCGGGCAACUGGCAGGACGGUGGGGAGUGUGGGAAGUCUGGAGGAUUGGAGGGGUGGGUGGGGGGCAGUGGGGGCUGGGUGGGGGGAGCUUGGGUCGAGAGUGGCCCCGGGGAGUUUUCGGUCGGACCAGUCGAGAGAGAGCGGAAGCCUGCAGAAUCAGAGAAAUCAGGGAUCCAAAUUCUACGCCAAUUGAUCUAUUUCCCCCCUUUUAUUGCUUGGGGCAGUGUUUUCCUUUUUUUUUUUUUUUUUUUUUUUUUCGAUUCCUCCUUAGCUUUUUUGCGCUCGAACAUCAAAUUAACCCCUUCCCCCGUAACAGGGGAGCAGUGACAAAAGCGAGAGGAACACAAGCAACAAGCGUCGGCCACACCACCGCGUCCUGCUCCCCGCCAUUUAUCGUCCCCAAUUAGACUUUUGUAUUGAUCUGUCCCUGUCGCUUUGGGUUGGGUUGGGAGUGGAGCCCCCGGGGGGUGCUGGCCGCGGCCCCCCCCGGAGAAGUUAUGGGGAGGAGAUGGCCGCUACCCGGCCUGGGCUCCGGGGAUUGUGGCUGGUCCCCGGGGUUCCUGAGGGGCUGGGGAGGGAGUGUGGCGGGGUCCCCCAGGGGGCUAGGAGGGUGCUCGGAGGUCACCACGAUGGGGCCCCCGCUGGCGAGGCCAGCGGGGGGGAAGGGGAAGGAGUGUUGGCUGCAGGUUCCAUCCGGCGGGAGCAGGUGGCCGCCUUCUGAGCACCUGGGGGGCCCUCUCCCUCUCCCUCGGUGACAGCUCGCCCACCCCUCAGUGCCCCGUCUCGUCCCCAGGGUGCCCACAGCUCUGCAAGGCGUCCUGGGGUUCGGGCGGGGUGAGGUCGGGAGCAGGGGUGGUCAGGAGGGCUGGGCCCGCAGAGCAGGAGAGCUGCCCCAGUCCGUCCACCGACGCGGCUCGCUCGGGCCUCGGGGCCCACGGGUCUGGCAAUGCCGUCACAGCCACCACCACGGCGCCUAGGCCUGCGGCAGGGACUCUGGCGGCUGGAGGUUUACCUCACCCCCACCUGUUUGCCUCCAGUGCGGCCCCCCUGCAGGGCAGUCCGACUAGCAGUCUAGAGACCCGCGACUUCGGGGUCCCAGCGAGAGGCCUGGCUCGACCCUGGGGGCGGUCAGAGCCGGCCACGCAGCACAGAGGGAGUUCUGAGCGAGUGUCCAGAGAGCGGGCCAUUCGGAACAUUGGCCUUCAGCCCAAAGAGCAAAAUGGUCGUGAUUGGAGAACCCGCAUUGGCCCAAGAUCCAAAAGACUUCGAGGCGCCCGAAAUUGCCCGCCCGCUCGGCCGGACCCCCACCCCAGUGCUACCUUUCGCCUCGAUGGGGUGGGGUGCCCCGGGGGGCUCUCACCAAGCAUCCUUUGUGUUCCCAAGUUUGCAGCUCUCCCCUGGGUCGCCUGCCACCCGACCCGGGCCACAUGCCUGACCUCCCGUGCCUAGUCACGGCCCUCCAUCUUGUCUCCUCCCCGCGUCCCCCCCCCAACAGUGUCUUCAGCAGACCCCCCUCUGGGGUCCUUCCCUUUGCCAUCGCCUGAAGACCCCCCACGCGCCCAACACCCUGUGUCACCUGAGCCGCGACGGCCCACCUCCGCGGCCUGUGUUGGCCUCAGCCCGGCCCCUUUAACGCUGAUAUUUCUGGCAAAAUCCAGUGCUUGGGUUUUGUCUUUAACCUAUGACGCUCGCAAUCCUAAUAAAGCAUUUAAAAUGA